GACACCCUGGAGCAGUGCAGCGUCUGUGCCAAGCCCAUCAUGGAGCGCAUCCUGCGGGCCACCGGUAAAGCUUACCACCCUCACUGCUUCACCUGUGUGAUUUGCGCCCGGAGCUUGGACGGCAUCUCGUUCACCGUGGAUGCUGGCGGAAACAUUCAUUGCAUCGAGGAUUUCCACAGGAAAUUUGCCCCACGAUGCUCCGUCUGCAAGGAGCCCAUCAUGCCCGCCCAGGGCCAGGAGGAAACCGUCCGGAUCGUGGCCUUGGACCGCGACUUCCAUGUCCAGUGCUACCGGUGUGAGGACUGCGGGGGCCUCCUGUCGGAAGGCGACAACCAGGGCUGCUACCCGCUGGACGGCCACAUCCUCUGCAAGGGCUGCAGCUCCAACCGCAUCCAGGCGCUGACCGCCAAGGCCAGCACUGACCUCUGA